GACAAGGUUCCUGGCUGUGAGGACCGGGUUCCUUCCGGUGAGGACAAGGUUCCUGCUGGUGAGAACAAGGUUCCUGGCGGUGAAAACAUGGUAUCUGGCGGUGAGGACAGGGUUUUUGGUGGUGAGGACAAGGUUCUUUCCGGUGAGGACAAGGUUUCUGGCGGUGAGGACAAGGUUCCUGGUGUUUAGAACAAGGUUACUGGCGGUGAGGACAAGGUUCCUGCCGGUGAGGACAAGGCUACUGGCGGUGAGGGCAAGGUUCCUGGCGGUGAGGACCGGGUUUCAUCUGGUGAGGACAAGGUUCCUGCUGGUGAACACAAGGUUCCUGGCGGUGAGGUCAUGGUAUCUGGCGGUGAGGACAGGGUUUUGGUGGUGAGGACAAGGUUCUUUCCGGUGAGGACAAAGUUCCUGGCGGUGAGGACAAGGUUACUUCUGGUGACAACAUGGUUCCUGCUGUUGAGGAGAAGUUUCCUGCAGGCGAGCACAAGGUUUCUGGCUGUGAGGACAAGGUUUUUACCGGUGAGGACAAGGUUCCUGUCGGUGAGGACAAGGUUACUGGGGGUGAGAACAAGGUUCAUGGCGCUGAGGGCAAG